AUGCACAUAGGAAGCCCGAGUGGCUCAAAUGUUCCGUUGGUGGUAUUCGGGUGUGGAUAUGAGCAGAAGUUUUCUGGUCCUACUCCCCCACCUUCCACACCAGGGGUUCUUGGCCUUGGCAAUGGAAAGAUAAGUAUUUUGUCUCAACUUCACUCUAUGGGCUUUAUCCACAAUGUGUUAGGUCACUGCCUUAGUGCAGAAGGAGGAGGAUAUUUAUUCCUUGGAGAUAAGUUCAUUCCCUCAUCUGGAAUUUUUUGGACACCUAUAAUUCAAAGUUCAUUAGAAAAACACUAUAGCACAGGUCCAGUAGAUUUGUUUUUCAAUGGAAAGCCUACUCCUGCUAAGGGUCUUCAAAUUAUCUUUGAUAGUGGGAGCUCCUACACUUACUUCAGUCCCCGAGUCUAUACCAUUGUUGCUAAUAUGGUGAAUAAUGAUUUAAAAGGGAAGCCACUUAGAAGAGAAACUAAGGAUCCAUCACUACCAAUUUGUUGGAAGGGUGUCAAACCAUUCAAAUCUCUGAAUGAAGUCAACAACUAUUUCAAGCCCUUAACUCUGAGCUUUACAAAAUCAAAGAAUUUGCAAUUUCAACUGCCUCCGGUAGCUUAUCUAAUAAUUACAAAAUUUGGCAACGUCUGCUUAGGGAUUCUUAAUGGCAAUGAAGCUGGCUUGGGAAAUCGUAAUGUAGUUGGAGACAUCUCUUUGCAAGACAAGGUAGUGGUUUAUGACAAUGAGAAACAACAGAUUGGAUGGGCAUCUGCAAAUUGUAAACAAAUUCCUCAUUGA